CAGUGAGGGCGAGACAGUCGCGCGCCUGUCCGGACUACCGAGGCGAAGGGAGGGGAGAGGAGCCAAAGGCGGCCUGGGAUGAACGCGAGACGCCGACGUCAGAGCACACUCGGCGGGGCCACGUAGUGGGUCGCCCGUCGGUCGGUCGGCACCCAUUUUCCCCAUACAUUGCGGCUCAUCCAUCCCUUGUAUCCCUUGUUAGAGGCUACGAGUGGCAGAAGAGGUGCGUUUGCGGCGGAUCGUAAACGAGCCCACCCGGAGGACGGAGGCAACGCUCAGUUGAUGGGCUCUUCAAGCGCUGAUGGCAGUUCCAUGUGUCCUUUUGCCUUCGUCUGCCCUUCACUUGGAGGACCGCGCCGCUGUGCAGGAAGCGGAAGUGAGACGCCGAGGAUUAUAGCUUCAUCAAAGACUUUUAUGGAGCUACAGAAUGUAUGUCUUUCCAACUUGGUUUCCCAUCCGGACCAGCAUGGAUGCCCCGUUUGAAUCCGGCUGACUGUCCCUCACCUCAUCCCGUCCUUUCCAAAGAGGAAGGGCGGGGGUCUGGUGCAGCGCCCCCUGCCCUUCCUUUCUUGUAGGGCGGCUUCAUAAGGUAUUCCUUUAGGCGUUCCCUCUUCAUGAAAUCCUGCCAGAGCCUCAAGGAGGAGGUUUCCGUCCCCUCCCUGGGCGGGAUGUCACAGGAGGAGGGACGCAGCAGGGGACAGGUGACCCAGUCCUACUAUAACCCCCCGAACCUGGAUGUGGACCCGACGGGUAAACUGUACAAAAGAGAGGGAGGCGGCAAGCCUUACUCGGUGUUAGUGGACAACAAAAUGGCCUCCAAGGAUUUGGCGGGAGAGCUCAGCGUCGGCGCUCAGCAGCAGUAUUUCGGAGAGGGUGGGGCAGGGCAGAAAGUGCGCACACAGGGCACAAAAGUCACUGGUGAUGCCACCUCAGAGGAGAUGGAGGAGGAGGAUGAUGAUGACGACGAAGAAGAGGACGACGUGGAUGGCGGAGAGGAAGGUGGGUUCAAGCGCGAACAGAUCAUCGUUGAAGUCAACCUCAACAAUCAGACCCUCCACGUGUCCAAAGGGGACAGCAAAUGUGGAACCGCAGGGGACGACUCCGAGAGAGCCGGUAGUGAGGAGGAGGAGGACGAGGAAGAGGACAGCCCCGAUGAGGACGAGGAGGAGGAUGACGACGAGGAAGAGGAGCUUGAAAGUCACAGAGCGAGAUCAAAGAGGACCCACCGGGGAGGCCCGGCUUCCGGCCAACUGCAGAGGAAAAGCCUCCGCACGGCUCUGAGCUCGCAGUCCUCCGGGAUGACCACCAGGGGGCGGCGGAAGCACGCCGAGCCGCCCAAGAUCCAGCGGCGGUCGGCCAGGUCGGCCCCGCCGUUGUCCGCCGGCGCCGUGGCGGGGGCCAAAGCUGAGGCGGAGGAGAAGGAAAUGCUGGCGUGCGAGAAGUGCCCGCGGGUGUUCAACACGCGCUGGUACCUGGAGAAGCACAUGAACGUGACGCACAGGCGGAUGCAGAUCUGCGACAAGUGCGGAAAGAAGUUUGUCCUGGAGAGCGAGCUGGCCUUGCACCAGCAGACCGACUGCGAGAAGAACAUCCAGUGUGUUUCCUGCAACAAGUCCUUCAAGAAGCUGUGGUCGCUGCACGAACACAUCAAGAUCGUGCAUGGCUACGCAGAGAAAAAGUUUUCGUGCGAAACCUGUGAGAAGAAGUUCUACACCAUGGCUCACGUGCGCAAGCACAUGGUCGCUCACACCAAGGACAUGCCGUUCACCUGCGAGACCUGCGGCAAGUCCUUUAAACGCAGCAUGUCCCUCAAAGUCCACUCGCUCCAGCAUUCUGGGGAGAAGCCCUUUCGUUGCGAGAACUGUGACGAGCGGUUCCAGUACAAGUACCAGCUGCGCUCCCACAUGAGCAUUCACAUCGGACACAAGCAGUUCAUGUGCCAGUGGUGCGGCAAAGACUUCAACAUGAAACAGUAUUUUGACGAGCACAUGAAAACUCAUACAGGAGAGAAGCCUUUCAUCUGCGAGAUCUGUGGCAAGAGCUUCACCAGCCGGCCCAACAUGAAACGCCACCGCCGCACCCACACGGGCGAGAAGCCGUACCCCUGCGACGUGUGCGGCCAACGCUUCCGCUUCUCCAACAUGCUCAAGGCUCACAAGGAGAAGUGCUUCCGGGUCACCAGCCCCGUGGUCCUGCAGACUAGCGGCCCGCACGUGCCUGUCGGAAUCUUUGCCAGCACCUUCUCCGCCACCACCACCACCAACACUUCUUUGUCUUCUCCUGGCCCCGGACCCUCCAGCGCCACCGCGCCCACUGCCAACAACGCGGCCCCCCUGGCCCUCAGCCCACCGGGGGCGUCCUUGCCCCCACGAGGCCCUUUGGGACACACCUUCUCCCACGUGCAGAUCCACUCGGCCUCCCCUCACCACCACCACCACCCCCACCACCACCACCCCCAGCAGCACCUUUCAAACGCGCCCCAACCCAACCUCCACGCCCACCACCACCUGGCCGUACCCCCGGUCUCCCACCUGCCCCCUCCCCCGGCCCUUUUUAAGAGUGAGCCCCUGAACCAUUGUGGGCAUGAAGACAGCACCUACCUGCACCACAUGGCUCCCGCUGACAAGGCUCCCGGCGCUCCUCAACAUCACUGACUCGCAAGCCCCACCAUUUUCCCCACCGCCUCAGUCUCUUAGACCCUGACAUAAACACACCCGUGGAUGGCGCUCUCACAGGUAGAUCACAUAUUUAGCAUUAUGUACAUUGUGUCUUCACUCAGACUACUCAAACUGGAAUCGUGAUUAUUAUUAUUAUUUUUUUUUUUACCAAGUCGAGCCUUGUUUCCGCUAAAUGGUACCAUUCCGUUCAUCACUUUGCACAUUCAAAGCUCUUUUUUUUUAUUCUCCAGUAUUGCAUUUUCAGCCUCCUUUUUGUCGGAGUACCGAUCGCAAAGAUGUGAUUUGAUUUGUUUGUAUAAUUGCUCUACUGAGAGUUGCCUCUUGGAAUAUAAGGAGGUAUUUAAACAAGGGGUGUCCCGAUUCGAUACUAAUAUUGGAUAUCUGUCUGAUAUCGGCAAAAACAAAACAAGUAUCGGAUGAUAUCGGCUUGCAUCUAAAAUCUCCGACACAAGCAGUCCUGCAAGUGUUUACUGGACAGUCAGUUAACAUCUACAAGUGCUCCUAAAAGUAAACAAAGUUGGGCGUUUGUUUUAUUUCAGUUAAGUCAUUUACAAAAUGUAAACAUUGUAUGCUUUAGGCUUCUAGAAGCAAGCAGCUACACAACAGCUAAGCACACAAGCGAGACAGACAUACGUAAUAAUUAACGGAACAAUAUUUCAGUCAAUAGUAACAAGUAUCAAAUAUCUAUAGUUGCAUAUUACUUACACAUCAGGGUUAAAGCGCAUUUUUAAGUAACCAGUAACAAACGUGUUCGCAUCAUUCAACUUACUGCAUCAGGAGCUUAACUGAAUAAAUUAUCCUGACCACUGUGUCACAAAAAACACUUUACCACUCUACUUUAAAAGCAUAAAUAUGUCAUAAGUUUACUGUUUUUCAUACUUUGUAUUGUUCUGAGUAAUUUCACCUGAUCAAUACUUGUAUAACAUUUCACACUACACAAUUGUUAAAGUAUCUACUAUGAAUCGUGCUAGUAACAGCCAAUAUUCAAGGCUCCAAUAUCGUAUCCAAACUGAAGAAGUUGUAUUGGCACACCCCUAAUUUACACAAAAGUAUUUUUAGAGGUGCAAAUGUUCUUUUUUUUUUUAACGUGGUUUCGUUAUUUUUUUGCAUCUAGACGUUUAAAACUGCUCAGUUGACAAUGACAGUGAAUUUUUACGUCCUAAAAUAUUUAUUUUGCGGCACCUUUUUGUCAGGCAAUUGGUUGUAAAAACAGGGUAUAGUUUAGGGCGGACUUAAACUACUAUCCAUAAAUUGGUCAACAGAGAAUUACCAAUUGGUGAUUGUUAGGGACUGUUUACUCAAGACGAAAACCAGAUUAAAAACGAUGUCGUUUUUCACAGAUUUUUUUUUUUUUUAGAGGAACACACUUUUUAAAAUCGUGAAUCUCUGCCAAAACCAAGAAUAUUUACAUUUCAACAUGAUGGAAACAAAGUGCCAUCAACAAUGUUGUCUUUUGUUGUUUGCUUAUUUAACGAUAUCAGAAUUGCACCGUAUGAAAUUGCCGCGGUAGAGUCAUCGUUUAUUGCGGUUGAAUAGAAAUCUAUAAAAUAGCAUUAUUAAUACAUUUUUUAUUUUCAUAAAAAAGGGACAAGCGGUAGAAAAUGGAUGGACGGAUGCAGGAUGGCUGUGUAACAAUAUCAAUAAAAUAUUUAAAUGAUGUCCUCCUAUUGGCUCGGAUUUUAACUAUUUGAUUUCCGCUCUUAAAGUCUUCCUGUGUCCAGGGUCUUAUUUACCAAGUUUGUAAACGAUAACAAAAAUGACAAGGUUUUUUUCAUUGUAUCGACAUUAUCCGGCUCUUAUUAUUACUGUUAAUAUUUGUGUCGUUUCACACACUUUUGUUUACAUUCAAAAGCCUUACUUUAGCGGUCGGCAUGGCUUAUUGUAUCCUUCUACGGCAUGUAAUGUACACCAUUUUUAGCUUGUCCUCGUCCUUCCAAGAAUAAUAGUUUAUUGGCCGCCAUGGAGGCGAAGAGUGCUGAUUUAAUGGGGAACUGCCUAUCGUUCACAAUCAUUAAGACAUGACGAUGGAUGGAAUUUGUUUUUAUUGCAUUCUAUAUGGUAAAUAAAUGCGAUCAAAAGUGUGCUUACAAUGAUGGAAGCCCCUAAAAUACAUCCAAACACCUCCUUUAAGGUUUUAUGUACAUGUUGUAAGUAUAUAUGUAAUCUAGUAACAGUCACAUUUAUAAUAACAUUUAAUAUUUACGUAUUUUCAUUAUUUUAAGCAUACACAGCACAUUCAUUUAAAAAAACGCAUUAUCACCUUCGCUAUUUGCUUUUUUCUUCAUCGCUGCAGACUUUAUGAGAGCCAACAUACAUAAUAAAACAUCUCUUACUGUACAA